GGGAGGCUCCUCUCCUAGACUCUGCAUCCUGAAAGCCGCGUACCUAACAGCCUGCCAUCUGGUUGCAGGGACACACCCCGGGGGAGGAGCUGCAAUCGUGUCUGGGGCCCCAGCCCAGGGUGGCCAGAGGUCCUGUUUCCACAGCUCUGUUGCCUGCCUAGGGUACCAACAUGGCCCAGAAGCCUCCCGCCUGCACCCUGAAGCCCGAGUGUGUCCAGCAGCUGCUGGUUUGCUCCCAGGAGGCCAAGAAGUCAGCCUACUGCCCCUACAGUCACUUUCCCGUGGGGGCCGCCCUGCUCACCCAGGAGGGGAGAAUCUUCAAAGGGUGUAACAUAGAAAAUGCCUGCUACCCUCUGGGCAUCUGUGCUGAACGGACCGCUAUCCAGAAGGCCGUCUCAGAAGGGUACAAGGAUUUCAGGGCAAUUGCUAUCGCCAGUGACAUGCAAGAUGAUUUUAUCUCUCCAUGUGGGGCCUGCAGGCAAGUCAUGAGAGAGUUUGGCACCAACUGGCCCGUGUACAUGACCAAGCCGGAUGGUACGUUUAUUGUCAUGACGGUCCAGGAGCUGCUGCCCUCCUCCUUUGGGCCUGAGGACCUGCAGAAGACCCAGUGACAGCCAGAGAACGCCCACCGCCUGUGACAGCCACCUGGAGAACUUCAUAAAGAUGUCUCACAGCCCUGGGGACACCUGCCCAGUGGGUCCCAGCCCUACAGAGGCUGGGCAAAGAUGAUGUUUCCAAAUUACACUCCAGCCCAGGCCAGCACCCCUCCUAGCAACCUACCUUGGGACUUAGAACCCCACCUCCCACCCCCAGCCACCUUUCCUUUCCUUCCUGUGGGUCCUCUUUCAAAGUCCAGCCUAGUUUGGACUGCUUCCCCAUCAGCCUCCCCAAGGUUCUGUCCUGUUCCGAGCAACUUUUCUAAUUAUAAACAUCAUAGAACAUCCUGAA